AUGGCAAAUAAAGUUAUGUCCUGGUCUUCCGAGAAUAUAGUUCAAUUGAACCCGGACAAAUGUAAAGAAUUGAGAACCUCUUUCUCUAAUCAACCCCGUGCCUUCUAUCCUGUAGUGGUCGAUGGAAAGGAGUUAUAUGUAUUUGAUACCGUCGAACGUUUGGGAGUUACUCUUACAAACCAACUAACAUGGAAUCCCCAUAUUGAAAAGGUCAUAAAGAAAGCUAGCAAAAGACUAUAUUUUCUAGUCCAACUAAAACGAGCAAAGCUACCUAUUGAAGCCUUAGUGCUGUUUUAUAUGACUUGUAUCAGAUAUGUAAUUGAUUAUGCAAUACCUGCGUUCUAUUGUUCUCUCCCACAGUACCUAAAAUCCGAACUAGUGCGAUUGGAAAAAAGAGCACUGUCCAUCAUCACCCCAGGACAGGAUUACCAAACAGCUACGAAAAUUUUGAAUGUAAAACCGUUGCAAGAUUACCACGAACACCUGUGUGAAAAACUCUUUAAAGCAGCUAUCUCGGAUCCAACUCAUAAGAUUGGAAAACUGUUACCAACAAGAAAUGAAGCGAACUAUGAUUUAAGAAAUAAACGAACGUUUAACGUUCUUCGGGCUCGUACUAAUAGAUUGAAGAAUACUUUUAUUUUAGCAAAGUGCAACUCACUUCAAAACUAUAAUUUUCCAAAUACUAGCUGA